GCCAGCCCGGCGCCAUCAGUGGGUGGGUGGGUGGGUGGUCGCCUCCACCUCCCUCGCGCGCCGCCUCCGACCAGACGUCUCCAUCCUCAGGCCAACGGGGACGUCUCCAUCCUCCCGCACUGACGCCCGCCCGUGGUAGGUAGCGGCAGCCGGGGGAGGCGGAUCUCGGAGCGGAUCUGGGCCGCACGCGGGGAUGGAGGACGGCGAUCGCGAGGGCGCCGCUGCCGCGGCCGAGGCGGAGAAUGGGAUGGAGGGGGAGGACUACGUCGUCGUGAAGCCCGGCGACGGCGCGGCGGCGGAAGGCGGCGAUCAGGGGGAUCUCGCCGGCGGGGAAGCGGCGGCGGCAGCGGCGGGCGGAUCUGAGGCGGUGGCGCCAGCCGUAACGGUGGGGGAGGAGGAGCCGGCCAAGGCCAAGGCGCCGACCAAGAAGGGUGGAUCCGGGGACGCGGCCGGCGGCGGGGCGCGGAAAGGGAAGGUACAGAACGGCAAGGUGGCUGCCACCGCCUCAGCGAAGGGGAAGAAGCCCGGGUUUCUCUCGCAGAGCGCCUCCUUCCCGGCGACAAAAGCGGCAGGCGCCAAGAAAGGCGUUGCUGCUGCAGUAGCAGCAGCGCCGAAGCAGGCGAAGCCGGAGGGGAAGGGCGACGUGCCCAAUGGAUCGGAAGCAGCAGCUGGCCGGGCAGUGGAGAAGAAGGUGAAUUCGGCUAGGACACCUGUUGCUCGCCGGUCGAUGCCUGUCAAGUCUGGAUCAGUGGAUGUGGCUUCAAAUGGUGCUUCUCCUGCAGUCCAAGAUUCACAGGAGAAUACUGCCAAACCAUUGAAACAAACGCAACCAGGGAAAAUAGAGGAUGAUGUGCGCUCCACCACAUCAAGUACCAAUACUCCCCGUACAGCAGCUCGCACGAGUGCCGCUGCUGGUUUUAGUUUCAGAUUGGAGGAGCGUGCUGAGAAGCGGAAGGAGUUCUUCCAAAAACUUGAAGAGAAAAUCCAUGCAAAGGAGCUUGAACAAACAAAUUUGCAGGAAAAAUCUAAGGAGAGCCAAGAGGCUGAGAUCAAACUGCUUAGGAAGAGCCUGACAUUUAAAGCAACACCUAUGCCAAGUUUUUACAAGGAGCAGCCUCCUAAAGUUGAGUUGAAAAAGAUCCCCCCAACGCGUGCUAGGUCACCAAAGCUUGGUCGGCACAAGCCAGCCAGUUCUGCUACUGCUGCUUCUGCAAAUGGUUCUGUAUCAUGUGAAAGCCCAUGGAGCACAGCAAAUUUGGCCAAGGUAACUGAAGUUGUGGAAAGCAACAAACCUCGGCUUCCUGCUAGGAAACCUGUUCAGAGAUCAGUCACAAAAAUCCCAUCCCAAGUGUCUUCCACCACAGAGGCUGAAACAAGACCCGUGGUUACAAAGACAAAAACCUCGAACUCAAAACCUAAGGUUUCAAGAGCAAAGGUUGCACAAGUGCAAGACAACCCUUCAGAACCCCCUGCUCCAGAAGAGCUCACUGUCGAACACAAUGUCGGAGAAGCAACAAGACCUGAUCUGGCUGCCCCUUUGGUUGCUUCAAAUGAAGUUCCAGUCCAUGGUUGAUUGAUUGCGCAUUUUGCUAUUUAUUUCCUCCUUGCAGUUCUGUGAAUAGUGAGGGUGUGCGCUUCAUUGAAAGUUGAAUCGCUCAAAAUGACGCGGGGUAAUCGUUUCCGGAGUAGACAUCCUUUUUUUCAGCUUGUCAUUGAGCAUGCCCUGUAUAUUGCUUGAUAAUUUGUUCAUGUUUAAAUUUCUCAGUCUUGUGUAUAUUGGAUUUGUAUGUCAAUGGACAUCCUAGGAUUGGUUGCAGGACGUCAAUGCAACAUGUGGAUUAUUUUGUGCUAUAAGUUGGUGUUCUUUGUCCCUUUUUA